ACGACAAAAGCUGAGGAUCGUAGCUUCGACAUGAAGAAAGACUUCGCAGCUAUCGCAAACUGUAAACCGUGGACAGCGAAUAAAAUUUUUGACGGCGAUUUGCAACCAACAAGAUUUCUUGCAUGUCCCCAACAACGAACUUUUGAAGAGAUCAAUGGGAUACACAACAUCCCUCCAAAUCCUAAGUUGCGAGUCCAGAAGUAUGCUCUUGAAAGGAACGAAUAUGCAAAGAAUGCACAACGAAAAUCCAAUUAUUUGCGGACAUUGAAGUAUGACAAGUUUGAAAUGUACGAGAAAGAUCUUACAGCGGAGAGAAAACUCAUCUUGCGUGGCGACUCAACCCUUCUCAGUUUGAGGCAAAAGAUUUUGUGCAUAUGUGACACUGUCGUUGAACUGGAAGAUGGAAAGGAGCUGGAACCAGUUGAUCAGAAUAAGACUCACAUGCUUUUGUAUCCAUCAUCGUUCAUAUUCAUCCACGAUACGUUUUAUGUCGAUUAUUCGUUACCACAUUCACAAGAUAUAUCUGCACCGAUACGGGAGUUCAUGGCUAGAAAGAAAUGCUUUGAUCCAGUUACAUCGCGGGACAUAGAGGGAGUGAAAGUGAUUGAUCUUAAGCUGCGGUUAGGUCAGCCGUACGUGUUCCAACACUCAGGAACCUGCGAACAUUUGCUUAUUUUUCAUGAUUUGCGGUUAUUGGAGAAAACGGAUGUUCAAGUGAGUAUCUUUUGUCCUGUUUAUACUGAGUAG